GCCUCGGUCGCCCUGGUAACGCCCGUGGGGCCGGUUCCUCAGCAUGAACGUCCGGGUCGCGCGGGCUGCGUGGGCCUGGGGCCGGGGCUUGAGCUGCAGCCGCGGCGCCUCGAGCCUCCUGCUGCCUCCCCCGGGCGCGGUGGACGUGGAGGAGCUGCUGCGAGAUGCGACGGCGGCGGAGGAAGGGCCCCGGGAGGCCUCGGUGCGGCGGUUGCCGGGCCAGUGCUCGGUGCUCCUCUUCCCCGGCCAGGGCAGCCAGGUGGUGGGCAUGGGCCGCGGUCUGCUCCGCUACCCGCGCGUCCGCGAGCUCUACGCCGCCGCCCACCGCGUGCUGGGCUACGACUUGCUGGAGCUGAGCCUGCAUGGGCCGCAGGAGGCCCUGGACCGCACUGUGCACUGCCAGCCCGCCGUUUUCGUGGCUUCUCUGGCCGCCGUCGAGAAACUGCAUCACCUGCAGCCCGCGGUUAUUGAGAACUGUGUUGCUGCUGCAGGAUUCAGUGUGGGAGAAUUUGCAGCCCUAGUGUUUGCUGGAGCCAUGGAAUUUUGUGAAGGUUUGUAUGCAGUGAAAAUCCGAGCUGAGGCCAUGCAGGAAGCCUCGGAAGCUGUCCCCAGUGGGAUGUUGUCCAUCCUCGGCCAGCCUCAGUCCAAGUUCACCUUUGCCUGUCUGGAAGCCCAGGAGCACUGCAAGACUUUGGGCAUAGAGAACCCCGUGUGCGAGGUGUCCAACUACCUCUUUCCUGACUGCAGGGUGAUCUCAGGACACCUGGAGGCUCUGCAGUUUCUCCAGAAGAAUUCCUCCAAGUAUCACUUCAGACGCACCAAGAUGUUGCCGGUUAGCGGUGGGUUCCAUACCAGACUCAUGGAGCCAGCUCUGGAGCCCCUGGCACAAGUUUUAAAGGCAAUUGAUGUCAAGAAGCCUCUGGUGUCCGUCCACUCAAACGUUAAUGGGAAUAGAUACAUGGAUCCAAAACACAUCCAGAAAUUGCUGGUCCAGCAGGUGGUCUCCCCGGUGAAGUGGGAGCAGACGAUGCACGCCAUAUAUGAGAGGAAGAAAGGCACCGAGUUCCCCAAAACUUUUGAAGUAGGACCUGGGAAGCAGCUGGGAACCAUCCUGAAGAGCUGUAACCUGCAGGCCUGGAGGUCCUACAGUCACGUGGAGGUGCAGGAGGCUGACGAGGACCUGCACUAG